UUUCAUCAGUACAGCACAGUUUUAGGAUAGAAAUCUGUGACUCUGUGUUCGCCCAACGACGUUCCGGGUUGAUGAACAGGAUAGUUGAUAGCUCUAAGAAGCAUAGGGUUUGCUAGUGUAAUAUUGAAUGUCGUGCUACAUUUUAAUGGCACGCUUUACCGAGUAAGCAGUCGCAGCAGGUGUUCUCUAUGCAGUCUACCUGAGACCUGAUCUGAGCGUCACUCGGUUGAGCUGGAGUUCUCGUGGCUGAGAGCAAAGCACUAUGUCAGGCACUGGCAACCAGUCGUGUCUGACGGGCGCGGAGGACACUCUCUCUCUCUUGGUGUGUUUGUUUCAUGCAUGGGAGGAAUGGGCAGGUCUUGAUCAAGAGGACUAUCUGAGUGUCUUGGAAUACCUGUUGUGGGUCUUCACACCCCUAGCCAUCGUCUUCAUUGUGCCUUUCCUCAUCGUUAUCUUCCUUUACCUCUCUAUACUCUUCCUUCAUGUCUACAAGAGGAAGAAUCAGCUGAAAGAAGCUUACUGUAACAACCUGUGGGACGGAGCCAGGAAGACCUUAGCUACUCUGUGGGACGGACAUGGAGCCAUCUGGCAUGGGUAUGAGAUUCAUGGUAUGGAAAAGAUUCCUGAUGAAGGACCAGCUCUGAUCGUGUACUAUCACGGAGCCAUUCCAGUCGACUACUACUACUUCCUCGCUCACGUUAUCAUUCAGAAGGGACGGACCUGCCACUCCGUAGCCGACCAUUUCCUCUUUAAGAUCCCAGGUUUCAAAUUGCUCUUGGAGGUGUUCAGUGUGAUCCAUGGUCCUCAGGAGGAGUGUGUUCGGGCUCUGAAGAACGGUCACCUGUUGGCGAUUUCUCCGGGAGGAGUACGGGAAGCUCUGUUUAGUGAUGAGACCUACCCUCUCCUUUGGGGCGAACGGAAAGGCUUUGCCCAGGUCGCCAUUGAUUCUCAAGUGCCAGUAAUUCCAAUGUUUACUCAGAAUGUGCGAGAAGGCUUCAGAUCUCUGGGAACACUCAGAUUUUUCCGCUGGGUCUAUGAGAGAUUUCGUCUCCCUAUAGCUCCUGUUUAUGGUGGAUUUCCUGUGAAGUUUCGAACCUUCCUUGGGGAUCCCAUCCCAUAUGACCCCAGCAUAAAUGCUGCUGAACUAGCACAGAAAGUGCAGCAAGCAGUCCAGUCUCUGAUAGACACACAUCAGCAAAUCCCAGGGAGCAUCCUGAGAGCCUUGUUGGAGAGAUUCCACACCAAAUACAAAGCCCACUAACAUCAGUGACACUACAACAGAGACAAACUGUCCAGUAUGUGACCAAACCCACGCAUCAGAUGGCUGCAGUCUGCACAGGUUUGGUGCUGAUGUGCAUCUGAAGUCCUCGAUGUUUUUAUUGCACAGCUCUGAUAUGUAUUUUUGUUUACAUAGACUCCCUUUUAUAUAUAUUCAUAUUCAAGAUGAAUCUGUUGAAAUUAAGACUUUAUAAGAUGCAGUCAGGUUUCAUAAUAAUAUCCCUCAAAGGACGGAAAGAAAAGCAAAUAUUUAUUUGAAUUUAGACACAUUAUUGUGACCUUAGAUGUAAUUUUUGUGUGUGUGUGGGAUAAAGGCAAAUGUGUUUAUUUAAAAGUGCAUUAACAUCAACAAGUGAUUCAUAAUGAUUUUUAAUAAAUAAAUGUGUUUUGUUGUCGAUGCCUUUUGAGUUGAUCAGUGAUUAGUUUAGACCAAUCAAUCAAUAUUUCUUAUAGAAAAGGUAUGGGGUGGGUGCUUUAUGAUGACAAGAAAAAGCUGAACAUUAAUGUUUCACUACAAGUCCACAUGCACACGUCCACCAACCAUUGAAGUACUGUAUCGUUCUCAAACACUCAGGUACUGCAGUUUAUGAACCUGACUUUGAAGGAUGUCCUGUAACGUAUAGAAAUGGAAAGAAUCCACAGUAACAUGCAGUUCUUUGAGGAAAGCUGUUUUGUUUUUUAUGUUUCAGCACAGCUGAACACUACUAGCUACAGGCGAGUAUGGAUAUACAAAGAAAGGACGCAAGGAAAGAGUUCUUAGUUUCUUACUAAGGCUGGUACAGUAUUUUCUUUGUAUUAUUAUUAUUAUUAUUCAAUUUUAAAUAGAAGAGUUAAAAAAAACAAAGCCCUAAUGAUUUAAUUCCCCCAAAAACGUUAAUGGGAAAAUAGGUCUUGGUGUUGGACGACCUCACAGGAAAUGACAAAUCGGGGAUCCAUGUGGAGGGGGCGAACGCCCGAUGUCCAGGCCUGGAUUUAUGGGGCCUAACAAAUGACUGUGGAUUUUUAUGUUGCUCAUUUUUGUCUUCAUACACAAGAGCAAGAAGCUUUUUCUGAAACUGGAGAUCAAUGGUGACUAGCUGAUUUUCACUGUUUAGUAUUCGGACAACAAAUAUGUUAUCUGGGACUUGUGAUUGGGCAAAAGUAGAAAUUUGAAUUCUGACUCCCGGAAUGUGAAACUGCUUCCCAAAGAUAGAGUAAGAAAGGUGUUGGACUGGAAAAACUGUGCUAAAGUUCCAAAGCAAUGACUGAUCAUUAGAAAACAAAGUACAGUGUUUAAAGAUGAUGAUGUUGAACAUGACUGUGUUUGAUUGUUGAUGUAAAAAAUCCAACAUUGCUAAAAACAGCCUCUUCUAACUAUUGAUCAUAUCAGUGUGCACACUGCAUGUCAGUUUGGUGAUAUCACUUUUACCCCUGGGUCUUAGGUGCUUUGUAGUGUUAUUAACUAAUCAUUUGUAAUGUAAAGUCAAAUUUGGUUGUGGUUUGGAGAUACAGUUACAGUUUGUGUGUAAUUGCUGUAUUUUUCAAUAUCUAAACAUGUGAAUAUUUUGAUUCAGCACAUCUUUUGUCACACUGGUGUCACGGUGUCACUGCCAGCUCAGAGACAUGUCUCACUGGAGCAUUAAUGUCUGCACACUGGUUGCCUUUUUCCAUACUGAUGUCACUAGUGUUGAGAUCUAACAUGUAUUUUUAAAUUAUGACAGUGUAAAGUAUGUGUUAAACUUUUAAAUACUGAGAGCUACUCCAGCCUGUUAAUAAAUGUCU